UCAAAGUCAAACUGUCCAAAGAUUCCGCAUGCCAUUGUUUAGCCAGUUUAUAUUUUUUCAGGUAUUUUUGGGACUUUUGGCAUUGUCACUCAUUUUCUUUGUAUUCCCGGUCUAAAAUAACAAUCAGUAAUUAAAAUACCUUAAAUUAUCUGAGCAUAGAUAAUGAUAAUCCGUCCAUUUUAAACCAAAUAGCAAUUUGAACCUAACAAUACAUCACAAUAAAGCAAGCCACUAAAAAAUAGCUUAAAAAAACCACUAUGGACGGUGGUGGAGAUAGGUUAGAGGAAAGGGUCCUUCACCCCAGUAAUAUUGCGAUUAUUAGAGAGGUUUACGAUGGACCAGACUCACAGGACAUGUUUGUUGUUGAGCUUGAAAAGGCUUUGGAGUCUCGUUGUUCUAUUAUUGUCAUUGAGCCUUCCCAGUUAGGUGAUGAAACUGCUCGGUGGAUCACAGCAGGCAACUAUUUACAUAAAAUGGCUGUUAUUAGUGGCUUCUCAAGUGUAGUAACUGGAUUUGUUUGGCCUCAUAAUUUUGUUCCUCAAGCACCACUUGCAAUUUUUUCAGUAUUAUGUACAGGAUUAUAUACUGCUUCAUGGCAAUUUGAUCAUUGUGUCAAAUAUCAAGUUGAAAGAGAUCCAGGAAAACUUGCUAGACUUCCAAUACUUAGUGCCCUAACAGCGACAUCUCCAGUAGUAUUAGUACGAAAAGACGACACGCGCAGAAAAAUCUUACAUUGUACAGUCUCAGUAGCCGCAGCAGCUUUAUGUGUUUAUAAGUUGUAUGGGUCCGUUAAGUAAAUUAUCGCCAUUCACAGUAGAAAUUUUUUGAAAAAGGUAGGAGAAUGUUUGUAGUUGAGAUUUUAUGGCCUGUUAAAUUGGGAGAUCAUUUGUCAUAAAUAAGAAAAUAUGAAUUUGUAUUCUCGGUUAAUGAUGCAUUUUCGGCAUUUAUUUACAAUGAUUUCUGUCUAUAGGCCAAUGAUUUUAUUGAAUGUUGAUAUGUUACAAAUUUUCAAGUUAAAUAUUGUUUUAUGUAAAUAUAUCCUUGUUAGCAAAAUUAUUUUAUUAUUGAUUUCUGUACAAAACCCUCUUGUUUUAAUAUAAAGGUUGAAAAAAUUCA